AUGGUGCCGAAGAAGACGCGGAAGGGCGAGUCGGGUUUCUUCGACGUGAGGGUGAAGCUCUUCGGGAACUUCGGAGUGGAGUUCCCAAACGUCGGGCGGUGUUGGUGGCUCGGCACAUAUCCCACCACCGACGAGGCCGCGCGUGCCUACGACGUGGUGGUGUGGCAUGCCAGACGGCCGAAGAUGGAUCUCAACUUCCUGGAUAUCGAGACUCGGGCUGUGGCGGAGUGGCUCGUGCCGCAGGGCAUCCGGAUGGAGGUGAUGCCGGAGAAGAAGAGACCAAUGGUUGUCGUCACUCCUAGCGAGAGCGACGAGGCGGCGGUGGCUCGGUUUGCGUGGGAGCACCCAGUACAUCCAGGCCGAGCAUGA